AUGCAACAAGAUGCAGUCGAGCUCACUCCGAACGACCAUCCCAGCUUGUCAGUGCGCCUCGACAACCUCGGAGGCUUGCAGCUGCUUCGUUUUCGACGCCUCGGAAAGCUCGAAGAUCUCGAGAGCGCCAUUGCCAGUCAACAGCGUGCAACCGAGCUGACUCCCGACGACCAUCCCGAUAAAGCGUCCAGGCUCCACAACCUCGCUCAUUUCUUGGGCAAUCGCUUUGAGCGUCUUGACGACCCCGCCGACCUCCAGUGCGCCAUCGCGAUUCAACGCCACGCGCUCGACCUCACUCCAGAUGGCCAUCCCGACUUGCCGAGGCGCCUCGACAACCUCGGCGGCUUGUAUUGGAAUCGGUUUCGACGCUUCGGAAAGCUUGAAGAUCUCCGGAGUGCUACCGUGAAACAGAGACGGGUCGUUAGGCUUUUUCGGGACAAUGAUCCUGAUAAGGCCAUCGCGAUGUUGAACUUGGCCUUCGCUCUGACGGCUGACUUUCACCGGGAAAGAAAGAGAGAUUGUUUCAUAGAAGCUCUUUCGUUUUACAUGGCUGCGAGCACACAAUCAUCAGCCUCACCAGUGGACCGUCUCGGGUCAGCCAGGUCUGCUGUAGGGCUCCUGGACAGCAAUCGGGAGUUCACCGCAGCCGAGAUGCUGUUAUCCGCCCACGCUCGUGUCCUCGAUGUUCUCUCCGAGCUCGUCUGGCUUGGACAUACCAUGGAACGCCGCCUAGAAGAAUCUCAGAAGCUCGGUCAGCUCGUCAACUCUGCUGUGAGCACUGCCAUUGGUGUCAAUGCUCUGGAACAAGCCGUGGAAUGGCUCGAUGCAGGAAGAGGCCUCAUACGGACGCAGACGAUGUCAUUGCGCGACCCUCUUUACGAGCUCGAGCAAGUCCGUCCAGAUCUCGCGCGUGCUCUCGAGGAUGUGCAAGUCCAACUGCGGAAUUCUAUCAAUGCAACGUCUGGGAGCAAUGCUACUGGAUUGAUGAAUGUAGUUCCUGUCACAGGGCAGGACAAUUACUCGUCAGAUCGCCAUCGAGGGCUUGCGAUCAAACACGGAAAUCUGCUCGCAGAAGUUCGUCGUUUACCUGGCUUCGAGAGCUUCUUACUCCCGAAGAAGCUCUCCGCUCUGCUAGCGUCAUCUACGCCUUUCAGCGGCGCGACGGUCUUUAUCAACACUGAUCGCACUCGGUGCGAUGCAUUGCUUCUUCUUCCCAAUGGAGAUAUCACCACCCUUGCUCUGCCGGAUCUUUCUCUCACGAAGGCAGAGAAGCUACGCACUCAGUGGACUGCAUAUCUCACUCAGGAAAGGGUUCGUGAGCGGGCCACCUCGGCGCAAUAUCGGCCUCAGUCUAGUAGUGCCAUGUCUCCUCAUGGUAUCCUGGGCUGUCUUUGGAGGUGGAUUGUGGGCCCAAUACUGAAAGCACUGAAAGCGGACAUCAUUGACGCAGAGGCCGACCGCCUUCCCCACGUCACUUGGUGCCCCACUGGGCCCUUGACACAGUUGCCAUUGCAUGCUGCGGGCCUGUACAACGAUGAUUCAGGGCCGCGCGUGUACGACUUUGUCGUCUCCUCGUACACGCCAUCGCUCUCUGCCGUGACGCGAAGCAUCGAUGGCUUCACACAGCAGUGCUCAAUGUCUAGCAUCCUCGUAGUCACGCAGCCCAACACACCCGGUUUAUCGCCGCUUCCGGGAACGACGCUCGAGGGCGCGCGGCUGCGCGAGGUCUUCGCUGCUUCACAAACACCCUCCCUGGCUCUGAAUGGAGACGAAGCGACGCCCGAUGUCGUGAAGCUCGCGCUCAAAGAGCACUCCUGGCUGCAUCUCGCCUUACAACGGCCGUCUGUCCUUACCGCCGUCGGGGACGAGAAGAACCCCGAGGAGUCGAUGCACCUGGCAGCGGGCAUGCUCGCACUCGGGUACAAAGGCGUCAUCGCGACGAUGUGGUCGAUUCAGGACGACGACGCGCCCUUGAUCGUCGAGGCGUACUAUAAGAAGCUGCUCGAGCUUCGCGCGGCCGGGACACUUGGCGCAGGAGAGACGGGCGCGGCGUACGCCGUGCACACAGCCCAGCGGUUGAGAGAGAAGGUCGGGGAGAAGAACGUCGUGAGGUGGGCGCCAUUUGUGCACUUCGGAAUCCAGACAUCUAUGGGAGGGUCUUAUCGUCUGGUCACUAUUUCGCCCUUGCUUGCGCUGUAUGACAUUCGUGACAAUAUGCGCUUGUAA